AGGAAAAGUGAAUACACUUGGCAACGUUUUCAAACAUGUGUUUGGAUUUUCUGUUUUUUAGGAGAUGUACGACUAAGGGGUCAGACGGGGGUUCCUGCUGAACGCCGUGGCUCCUACCCAUUCAUUGACUUCCGCCUACUUAACAAUACAACACACUCAGGGGAAAUUGGCACUAAGAAAAAGGUGAAAAGACUGUUAAGCUUUCAAAGAUACUUCCAUGCAUCGAGGCUGCUUCGUGGAAUUAUACCGCAAGCCCCUCUCCACCUGCUGGAUGAAGACUACCUUGGACAAGCAAGGCAUAUGCUUUCCAAAGUGGGAAUGUGGGAUUUUGACAUUUUCUUAUUUGAUCGCUUGACAAAUGGAAACAGCUUGGUAACACUGCUGUGCCACCUCUUCAACACCCAUGGACUCAUUCACCAUUUCAAGUUAGACAUGGUGACCUUGCACAGGUUUUUAGUCAUGGUUCAAGAAGAUUACCACAGCCAAAACCCAUAUCACAAUGCUGUUCAUGCAGCCGAUGUCACCCAGGCCAUGCACUGCUACCUGAAGGAGCCAAAGCUUGCCAGCUUCCUCACGCCUCUGGACAUCAUGCUUGGCCUGCUGGCUGCAGCAGCACACGAUGUUGACCAUCCAGGAGUGAACCAGCCAUUUUUGAUCAAAACUAACCACCAUCUCGCCAACCUAUACCAGAAUAUGUCUGUGCUGGAGAAUCACCACUGGCGAUCGACAAUCGGCAUGCUUCGAGAAUCAAGGCUUCUUGCUCACUUGCCAGAGGAAAUGACACAGGAUAUUGAACAGCAGCUGGGCUCCUUGAUCUUGGCAACAGACAUCAACAGGCAGAAUGAAUUUCUGACCAGAUUGAAAACGCACCUCCACAAUAAAGAUUUAAGACUGGAGGAGGUACACGACAGGCAUUUUAUGCUUCAGAUUGCCUUGAAGUGUGCCGACAUUUGCAAUCCUUGCAGAAUCUGGGAGAUGAGCAAGCAAUGGAGUGAGAGAGUCUGUGAAGAAUUCUACAGGCAAGGUGACCUUGAACAGAAAUUUGAACUGGAAAUCAGUCCGCUUUGUAAUCAACAGAAAGAUUCGAUCCCUAGCAUACAAAUUGGUUUCAUGACCUACAUCGUGGAGCCACUUUUCCGGGAGUGGGCCCGUUUCACAGGCCACAGCGCCCUAUCUGAGAGCAUGCUACGCCAUCUCUCCCACAACAAAGCCCAGUGGAAGAGCCUGUUGCCCAAGCAGCACCGAAGCGGCGGCGCGGAGCACACAGGCCCAGGGACUGAGAACCAGGAGCAGACUGGGACCAAAGGCGACGCCCCGUAGUCCCAGCCCCGCUGCCCCUGCUCCACACAGACCUAAGGAGAACCUCCUCAAGCAGAGGCCUCCUGAGGGGGUGGCAGCUCUGGGCGGGGGGGUGUGUCUCGGCGACCAGCCCAGCCACGUGCUGGGUGUCGUCCCUGGGGCUCUCUGCAAGGCCACCCUCCUCCUACUCACCUGCCUCCUCUCCUUUUUCCAAGUGUACAGAAGCCAUCCGUCACUUCAGCAUUCGCUGCCGAAAUAAGCAACUCCAUUCAGGAACGUGGGAGCCAAUUCUGGGGGGUGGGGUGAGGCAGGUUCGCCCCUCAACGAGAAGACUGGGGAGUAAGAAAGAGGUGCUCCUACCAUGUCCCCCUCGGGCCCUGGGUCACACUGUGACAGGCGACAGUGGCUAAGUCUAGAGUGUUUUUAGCAUUUGCCAUCUGACUGCUGAUCUGCAUGACAAAAACACCAGCAUACUCGGAACUCCCAGGAGAUGGGUCUUAGAUGCCAGAGCACAAAUGAGAACGUGAGAAAGGACCUUCUAUUUUAAUAAUAAUUAUUAUUAUAAAAAUAAUAAUAGAUCUUUUUAACUUUUCUAUUUUAUGCACUAGACAAUGGAUCUAAAACUUGGGACUAAGAUUACUCAGUGUACCCAAACUUGAACAGGGGGUUCAUUGUUUUGUUACUGACUUGAUGCCACUUUGGGUCAGAGAUUUGGCGUCUGCUCAAUUUAAGAAACCACGUUUCCUAUCCGAUCCGAGGGGAAGGUGCUGUACAGUUCAUUCCUUUGCACCAUUAGCCGAUCUGUCUUUUAUCAAUAACUCAGAUUCCGUGACAUGUUUAUAUGCACACGUGUACAUUUUCUGUAAAUACCCAGCGCUACUGAUUCCCAUGCCAAAAUACAUGAGUAUUAUGGGAUUGCUACCUGUAUAAACAAUGGCACUGUGAACAGAAUACUGUUAGUUUUAAUACAAGAGAAUGCGUUUGUAAAUCUGGUAUAGAGUUUAUUAAUAUACUAUUGUUUGCAGAUAAAGGCCUUAACUUUAAACAUCUUUCAUCUUCUGAAAGCUGCCCGACUUAAAUCCUCAACAGAUAUCCUUCUGAACUGCCUUCCCAUGCCCGUCUUUGCGCUUUCCAGCUAAGGUCACAAACCAAAACUGACUAAAGUCUUUGAGGAAAUAUUCUGGAAACUUCACACGCAUUCCGCUUGAGACCAUAGUGUUUCAUCUAUGGCACCAAGCAUCGUUUCCUCAGAUUAAUGAGACCUUUCAACAAGCCUGAAGUCACUUUUCAACUCAGCGGCAAUGUUGCACACUCAGUUUUAACAAGCCAGCUGAUAAGCUCGUGUUUAUGUGACUCUUGUCUUGGACCGUGG